AUGGGGGAGAAGCCUUCACAAUCACUUGAAGAGUUACUGAAGAAUUACAUAGUGAACUCCAAGGCAAGGCUAGAUCAACAUGACACUCAUCUCAAUAAUAGUGAAACACAUUGUACUAAUAUGGGAGCAACAAUGAAGACAUUGAAAACACAAGUGGGUCAACUGACCAAUACUAUGAAGACCCAACUGUCUAGAUCUUUUCCAAGUGAUACGGAGAAGAAUCCAAAAGAGUGUAAUGCAAUUACAUUGAGGAGUGGAAAAGAAUUGGACGCUCCUACAGUUGAGAAGAAAAAGGUUGAUGAGAUCCCAAUGAAUGGUGAGAAAGAAGAAGACAAGCAAAAGAAUGGGAUUCCGAAGAAAGAGCCAUUGCUUGUUAAUCCGGGUUCAAUUACUUUUCCGGAUAACCCACCCAAGAUUACUACUUCGUUACCAUUUCCUCAAAGAUUUCACAAGAAAGCGAUUGAUAAACAAUUUGCAAAGUUCUUGAAUAUUUUCAAGAAAAUACAUUAUAACAUUCCUUUUUUAGAUGCCCUUAAACAAAUGACAAACUACGCUAAGUUUAUGAAGGAGGUGAUUUCUAAGAAGCGUAAGUUAGAGGGCUCUGAAAUAGUGAAGCUAACAGAAGAAUGUAGUGCCAUUAUCAAGAGACAAUUACUAGAAAAGUUGAAAGAUCCAGAAAGUUUUACAAUUCCAUGUGUUAUUGGUGAACUACAUAUUGAGAAGGCCUUGUGUGAUUUGGGUGCUAGUAUCAAUCUAAUGCCUCUCUCUAUCUUUCGGAAACUCAAUCUUGGAGAGGUCACACCAACUACUAUUUCCUUACAAUUGGCGGAUCGUUCUUUGACGUAUCCUAGAGGUAUCAUUGAAGAUGUUCUAGUGAAGAUUGAUAGAUUCAUUUUUCUGGUUGAUUUUGUUGUGCUUGACAUGGAGGAAGACCAAGAAAUUUUGAUAAUCUUGGGAAGACCUUUCCUAGCAACCGGGAAAGCUUUAAAUGAUGUACAUGAUGGUAACUUGACUAUAAGGGUGAAUGGAAAAUAA